UCGAUUAUCGAAAUUCGAAGUUCGAACACCGGCUUCGAAAAUGCGCACUGAAACGUACCAAAACAAAUUGUGAAAAGAUUAUGCUGUCAGACCAAUAUCAAAUUCAGUUGAAUUACAAUUUCUGAUGCGUAUUUGCCAGUUUCAAAGACCAAAUUUUCUUGCAUCAUUUAUUCAUCCCAGUACCAACUCGAAAUGGAUCGUCCGAGCAUGAGUGCAUCUUUGGGAAACACUCUAACCUCACCACGAAAGAGAAUGUCAUUAACGCAGUCCCUGAAGAAGAGUAAUUCAGUAAUAAGCAUUUCAGGGCGAUCGAAUCAGUCUGUCCAAGUAAUAUGCAAGACGGCUGGCCAUGUCGUGGAAAGUUUCGGACCUUCUUUGCCGGUUCUUGUGACCGAGGCAUUGACGUUUGUUGAUCGAAACACCGCAGUCAGCGUCAGUGUGUCUUUAGAUGGAUGGGCUUGGCUGGUUUGCGGGCGCAGGCUCCUUGUGUGGCAAUGCAAAACAACCAUUCAUGAUCCCAAGCUCAGGCGGACCUUUAACAGUCAAUGUCGAGAGUUGCUACUUCCUCAAAGCGAUCUUGCUCACAAAGCUGACUGCAUUGCUGUCUGGCUGACUCCGGGUCAUCAGGUUCCUAGCUGCAUGGCUGUAUCUCCGGAAGGCGUAGUUCGCUACUGGUCAAGCGUCGCUCAUGAGGGGUCGUCGGUGGAAACAAGCGCAGAAUUAGCUGGACAGGAGGUUGACUGUCUAACUUACGUACCAGGGCACGGUUGCAUUUUAGCAACGACGACUUGCACAGUGGCGCUUUUGCAGCCACAAUUUACCAGUGGACGAAACAGCAUUUCUUGCCGAGUUCUUCGCACCAGCCAAGGCUGGCUAGGAGGCAUAAGUCGUAGGAUGUCUUCCUUGAUCUUUGGAGCCAUGCCUCAAUCUCCAGUCACUGAAACAAAACUUGUCAAGGUUACUUGUACAUCGCUUGGUGAAAAAGCAUCCAGAGUCUUGAUAUUAGCAGGCACCUCUCUGCAAUACUGGUCAUUUCCACACGGUGAGACGGAGAAGAUGGAAUUUGACGAAGACAUUGGUCACACAGUUUCACAAGGUUUUCAACGAAGAUGUUGGGAAUCCAGUGCUUGCGUGCCUCAGGGUAUGGAUACCUGUUUAAUCGACAUGCAGCCAUGCGAAGAAGGCGUAGUAGUGCUGAUGGCAGCAAGUUGCACAGAAGUAUCACCAGAAAUUCACUUUGCGAUUGGUUUAAUUCCACUUGUUGAUACGAAGUUAACAAAUACACUAAAGUGGUUUAUACCUUUGAAAAUUGGUCCUUUACGAUACCGAGAUGACAUCGAAUCUACAAUACUUUCGUAUCGAUUCAUCCUGUCUGGAUGGGAGGCCAUUAUAUACAACCAACAGACGGUACUCAUUGCAAACCGUAUGUCAGAACAUGAUCAAGAAAAAAUAGAUCUCGUCAAAGGCGGUGAAGAUAACAUACUCGGCGGCGCACUCUGUUCGGGAACUCCGGUACUUUUCACCAAAAAUCUGGGGCUGGUUACGAUCAUACCCAUGGAUUUCAAUGCUCAAGAUUUCAACAUGAGUUAUUCUGACGCUAAUUUCAGCCUCGAUUAUGGCGGCAACAAUUCGACAUUCGGCGCAGAGAAUUUUGCUGCUCAAUUGAGUAACAAUGAUUUGCAGGAAAUGACCUUUACCUCAGAUGGUGCAACGCAAUUGAGUGCAGCGUUCCUUCUUAGUCUCAGACAAAAUAAGGCUCAAUGUCAAGAAAUAUUGUCGGGACUUUUUCCCCUUCAAGAGGAACCUGUAAUGGAUAUUGACGCAAUUUUGGACACAACAGUCUUAAAAGUUGCUAAAAAUCUGAUUGAUGAUUACCCAGCCAACGAUCCUCGAUGGACGGAUCAUAGGGACUUGUCUAUGACAAUAAAUGCUGUUACCGCUAUGCAAAUUCCCCACCAACUGGAAGGAAAACAGAAGGCCUUGGAUCUUUUCAUAGAGUUUUUGAAAGAAUUCAAUUUAUGGGACAGGUUCUGCGCAGUUUCAUACAGAGGAAUAAUCAUGGCCGCAACACAUGUUUUGGGGGAAUAUGCUGAGAAAAUAGUCGCUGCCACAGCGAUUUACAACUUGCAAAUGAGACACAGUGACAUCAUGGAUCCAAUCAUGGACCAAACCGUGAGUCCAGAAGCACGCGUUUCAGACGAGUUAACCACUCGAGACAUAUUUUACCGGGAAGUGAGUAACGUUCACGUUUACUUACCGUUACUUGUGAACAGUGCUUGCAAAAUCACCCAAUCUGAGAGAGUCACAAAUCAAGUAGCUCAGUACAUUCUUCAAGUAAAUGCACUCUUACUGAGCGUUUUACACGAGGUAGUGAAGUAUAGGCAGCAAAAUGCAGUGAGAUUCGUGCCAGCCAGAUGUUCUAGCGGAAUAACAGAAUAUCUCCCAUGGACAGCAGCAAUGGGUAAACAUGGAUUACGUAAUUGUCUCCAAACUAUGCAAAGUAUAACUUUGAAGUACGGAGUGAAUGGAACAAGCGAUCAUUCAGUUCGGAACGAACUGUACGAGCAGCUGGUUAGUCUGGUUGACCUGAUUUUAGAUGGUAAAAAAUGUCAUUUGGAAAGUAUACGUGGAACAGAAAAAUUCGAAGUGUUAUUGAAGCAGUACGAAAAUGAGCGAGCAAACUUGAUACAACCACUUGUGAAAGAAGAACAAUACGAACAGGCAGCUAUAUUAGCCGAAAAGUAUUGCGACUUUGCUUCCCUGGUACAAAUAUGUGAACUAACGAACAAUCAGAAUCGUCUCGAUUCUUACAUUGAAAAGUUUGCAGCACAAGACUUUGUUGGAUUUCUGUUUUCAUGGUACGUCAAAGAUGGUAAACAAGGCAAAUUAGUUGAGAGAUGCAGGCGAGGCGGUGCAGCUGAAUUAGCUGAAAAGCUGUCCGAGCAUCCUUCUUUGUCUUGGGUGCAGGCUGCUUUAUGCGAUGAAUUGCGUCUUGCUUCAAACACUCUUCACACACUAGCUAUGGAAGAAAUUGACCUUGUCAUGCGUAAGAAGUCAAUGCUUUCUCUAUCGAAAUUGGCGCUAUUUGCAUCUGACGAGCCGGAGGAUGAGGUAAUCGAAUGUGCUGAGAAGAUAAAUAGAGAUCUCGAAUUAAUUGCUCACCAAGAAGAGGUGCCAGCAUCUGUACUUGCAAGUUACGGAUACGAUAUAGAAAAAUUACGAGUUCUCACACCUACCGAACUUAUCACGUUAUAUACAUGUGACGAAAAUUUGUUGGCGAGUGAAUACGACUUCAAGAAAGCCUUGGAUUUGCUCGAAUUUGUUCAUGAACAAGAAGAUAAAUCUUCCUUGAGAUUAAGGAUUUGGGCCCGAGCAGCGAGAAGAGAUCGUUGGGACAGUGUAGGCAACAAUCCUGAACAACAAGCGCAAAAUACAGUUUUCUUCAAGCUGGUAGAUUUGGCGCAUUUCAUGGGUGCUAGAAUUCAGGACUUCCUUCCACCGCUGGAUGCGUUGUUAACAGAGCCAGAACUUGGCAGUCUUGCUGGUUCGAGUAGUUUUCAAUUUCUAAUCAAAAUUGGAUAUGAAUAUGUUUACCGUAACUAUCAUGUAACCAAUGAAUCAUUACUAUUCUAGUACAGUAUUUUUUUUUUUCUUUUUGUAAAGAAUGAAUAACUAAUUUGAAAUGAAAGAAAUAAAAAAAAAUUUUUAAACUCAAA